GCACCAGCAUGAUUCGGGACAAUCACACAGAUGUUCAGGAAGCUGUUAUUAGCGUGUUAGGGGUGAAUGCAGUCAGAAGUAUAUCCAUCCCUGCAGCUGAGCGUAUGAAAGUAGGGACAGCCAGAUGUGGAGCAGCGUCUGUGUGUGUAUAUGGGCGAGUAUAUUAGAGGGCGGGGCUCAGGCCCGGCGCAAGCAGAGCAUAAGCAGCAGGAAGUGAGAGAGAGGAGCCAGAUGUGCAGAGAGCGCAGUUUGAGAAACAGCACCAGGAGGAGGAGCACCAGAGAGCAGAGCAGACAGACAGACGCGCAGUGAGUAGUAGCAGGAGAAGGAACAGGAAGAGUAAUUCAGCCAGAUGUGCAGGCUUCAUGCCUGGUUCUUUAUUUUAAGACAGCAGGAAGAAUAUUCGCAGCUUCACCCCCUUCAGACGACCCCCUCCUUCAAUCAAACUUCCCCACCUCCACUCGCGUGCGCUCCGGCCGCAGCCCAGGCGCUGGACAUUCGCUCACAAAUGCGGAUUCAACGCGCGAGCUGAGCUUCAAGUCCACCGGCGAGGCACGAUGCUGCGGCCACUUGCUCAGUGACGGCGCGUUGAGAGGACCGAGCUAGCAACCAUGCUGCUCAAGGAGUACAGGAUCUGCAUGCCGCUCACCGUGGAGGAGUACAGGAUUGGCCAACUGUACAUGAUCAGCAAGCACAGCCAUGAGCAGAGCGACCGUGGAGAGGGCGUGGAGGUGGUCCAGAAUGAGCCAUAUGAGGAUCCAGACCACGGUCAUGGACAAUUCACCGAGAAGCGUGUCUACCUUAACAGCAAACUUCCCAGCUGGGCCCGGGCCGUGGUCCCCAAGAUCUUCUACGUAACAGAGAAAGCGUGGAACUACUACCCCUACACAGUGACAGAGUACACUUGCUCCUUUUUGCCAAAGUUUUCCAUUCACAUAGAAACCAAGUACGAGGACAACAACGGAAGCAAUGAUCACAUCUUCGAUGAUAGUGAAUCAAAAGAAGUGGAGCGGGAGGUGUGCUUCGUGGACAUCGCCUAUGAUGAGGUUCCAGAGCGCUAUUACAAGGAGUCUGAGGACCUCAAAUACUUCCUGUCAGAGAAGACAUCCCGGGGUCUCCUCCAGGAAGGAUGGAGGGACACACAAAAGCCCAUCAUGUGCUCUUACAAGUUGGUUUCAGUGAAGUUUGAGGUCUGGGGUCUCCAGACCCGUGUGGAGCAGUUUGUACAUAAGGUCAUUCGGGAUAUUCUCUUGCUCGGACACAGGCAAGCAUUUGCGUGGGUGGACGAGUGGAUAGACAUGACAAUGGAUGAAGUACGGGAAUUUGAGAAAGCUACUCAGGAAGCCACAAACAAGAAAAUUGGAGUGUUUCCGCCCGCCAUCUGCAUCAGUGAAAGCACCCUGCCUUCCUCAACCCGCAGCGCCCCCUCCAGUGCGCCCUCCACGCCUCUCAGCACAGACGCACCGGAAUUUCUGACUGUGCCGAAAGACCGUCCACGGAAGAAAUCCGCUCCCGAGACCCUGACCCUGCCAGACCCAGCCUUGAGCGUGCCCAAGCACUCGCCUUCUGCCAAGCCAUCCCUCUCCAAACCAGAGUGACCUCUCCUGUUGUGGACAUCGAGCCUUGAUCUAUUUUUAUAAGCUGUUGGUGUGCUGUAAAAGACUGGAGACACUGUGUCCUUCUCAGACGUUUUGACAGAAACUCAACUACGUGUUUUUUGUUCAAUGGCCAGAUGAUGAGAAGCCUUUCUUUAGCCAACUGUCUUUAUUGUUUGUCUCUUUAAUUGGUUUUUGGCGUUUUGCGCUUUUUAGUCAUGCAUUUUUGUUUUUUAAACAUUAAACAAACUUAGUAGAGUCGAAGAA